GGAAGUAAGUACUAAGUAGUGUACUUGUACUUGGGGGAAUUGAAGUCGGCUCGUUUUAUGUUCUUUGUUUUUAUUGUUCUGCAUUAUUUAAAUAGUAAAAUUAUAUAAAACGCAAUAAAAUAUGAAAACUGGAUAUAAAGUGACAGAUGUGAAAAGGGCGAAGAAAAUCGGAGUGGCCGCGGAGAACCUGAGCGAACUUAUUGAGAAAUCGCGCAAAAAGUUAGGUUUCAAUGUCAGCGCGGAAUGCCGGCUCUACGUGGCGGAGGACGGCACACAGGUGGACGACGAUGAAUACCUGAACACUCUGCCUCCACAGACUCUGUUCAUCUUAUUGCUGAACUCAGAAAAAAUGGUAACUGACUUCGACCACUACUACAGCAUGAUACUCACACACAAGAAGGAUUAUAUUGACACAGGCAAGGCUGCUAAAGAGUUCCUCAGUGAGAAUCUCUCUGAAAAGUUCAAAGUCUUCCAGAGGUACAUCUCGGCAGCUAAUGAUGCUAAAACUAUGCUUAGUGAGAGGACACAAGAUCCAGAGUGGUUUGCAGGACUAGAACCAUCGGAAAAAACGAAAGAGCAGUCGAUGUCGAAACGAGUCAAGGAGCGCAUGAGGGGCUACUACUACAAGACAAAAUCGGCGCUGCAGUCCUCUGAAAUGUACGUACGCUCAAACAACGCGCGCGGUAAGAAACUGAUAGACCAGUUCCUAUUAGACUUACGGAAAAUACUCGAAACCAACAAAUAUAAUGCAGGCUACUUCAAUAGAAAGGAUAAGGUUGUGCGCAUAUGUGACGAAAAUGGAUCGUUUCAAUGCGGUGGUCUGUGGAAUAAAAGCAAAUGUAGCUACGAAGACCACGUGAUAAACCCAUACAGGAGUCGCGAGGAACGAAUUAUAUUCCAAACAUGGAAUUUGGAUCAUAAAAUUGAACUGUCACGUUCGAUCACUCCGAACAUUUUGAAAGCUAUCGAGAGGCUUGCGAACGGACAGGUCAAGUGUAUAUCGUGUGAGAGGGACUCAACCCAGGGUUUUAUUGAAACUGAUAGAUAUUAUUUACAGAUUUUCACUCGCGAAAACCUGAAAUUGGUUCACAUAGUCUGUCACCAUAAAGGCAAGCAUGAAGCGCAGUCAAAUUUGUAUACAGUUUGUGGAAAAUGUUACAGUGGCCAAAGUAUAGAAUACUAGACACAUAAGGUAGGGCUGCCACUCUUAACGUAAAACAUAGUACCGUAAUAUAAAAUAUAUAUUACGAUACUUUGGCAAUAUAUUAACUAAAUAUAUUUUAUUUACUAUUGUCUGAUAAAUUAUAGAAAAGAACUGAGUAUUUCUAUGUUUCACUCGGUAAUUCUACUGACCUGGGUUAAUUUACCUAAAUAUUCUUAGUAGUAAUAUUAAUAGUGGAUGAAAUCACUAAUUAUGUUUUGAAUUCUUUUGAAAUUUACUAUUAGACAUAAUCCUUAAAAAUAGUGGCAACCCUAACUAGAAGCUUCAAACCAUGAAAUAAAUAAUCGCAUCAAUAAUAUUUAACUUUAUUUUUUACAUUACAUUGCUUUUUUUUUAAUUAUUUUACAAUUAUCAUUCUUUUUGUACAAUAUUUUGGUAUUAAAUUAAUACACAAGUAUUUUUUAUGAAGUUGGUUGCAAAAUAAUUGUAUUAUUAAAUGGAAUUUAGGUAUACAUUGGAUUUAAAUUUUUUAUAACGCUUGUGUCUUCUAUUUUUAUCAUUCUAUAGUUUUUUGUUUUAUUUUAUUUGAUGAAAUUAUAUUUAUUUACUAAAACUAUCAAAAUAAUCAAAAUAGACGGUACUUUAUCAAAAUAAGUGACUUACUCAAACCACUUUUGUCUAUACUUAAUUCAAUAUUUAUGCUCUUCUUGUUUACAAUAACAUAUUUACUGUAUUAAAUUUGUCGAAAAAUAUAAUUAUAUUUUUUGAUCUUCUAACUUUUAUAUCUCAAUGCUUAAUGUUGCUACGAGUAUAUUAUGUAAGUAAAUUUAGUUUUUAUACACUGUUAUAAGUUAUCUAAUAUAAAUAUAUGUACAUACUGAAAGUAUGAGUUAUUGUUAAAAUUUUAAUUAUAAUGUUAUUGCUAUAUCUGCCAAAUGAAGGAAUUAUCUUUCGUGUGGUAAAGCGACUAGCGAGAGAAGUACGAUAUAAGCUCCUUAUUCUCGGAGGAUACGUUCUGUAAAUGAAUACAGAAUACGCGAAUAUGGAGUAUCCGUGAGUGUUUUUAUUAUAGAAUUAUAGAAUAUAAUUUUAUUUUCUCACCCAAGAACGUAUCCUCUAUAGGGUAUACGUUGGUAUACCCUUUAAGUAAUAAAAUAAAAAACAAAAAACAAUUAUUAAAGUUUUUGGCCAAAUUUUGUAAUUUUUUCUUGCUUAUCAGUUUUUAAAAGUUUCUUUAAUUCAGGCUGACAUUCAGAAGUUGUAUUCUUCAAACUUCAUUUUAUUUCGUCACAUUUACUAUUACAUUUUAUUUUUUUAUUACACACGCAAUCAAGGCAAAAUUUGCAAGUGCAAAGUAAAUUUACAAAUUUUAUGCCAUUUUCUGCAUCCAUAUCUGCGAAUAACGAAUUAUAUAGCCGUAAAUAAAAAAAAGGUAAAAGGUAUUUUUAAUCCGCAAAUAGUGAAAACGCGAAUAAAGGAAGAGCGAAUAAGGAGCUUUUACUGUAUAGGCGGCCAUAAGUCCGCCCUCUGUUGUCAUGCCGGACAUUUUGCCUAAUUACAUGCAUGUGCGCAACCUGUGACGUCACUGCCAUGCAGUUGAUUUAAUCAACAAGAGCGGGGCGGAGAGUAGAGCCUCCGAUGAUAAAUAUAACUCUAUUUAUAACUUAGUUGUCGGCAUAUAAUUCGUUAACUCGAACGUUAGAUAACAAAAGCCACCACAUUUGUAUGACGCAUAUAAAAAUGUCAAAUAUAAUCUUGGUUGGAUUAAUUUUCCAAAAAACAUUCCAGAUUUCUAAAAUAGGUAACUCAGCUAGUUAUUUUAGGAAUGUAAUAGCUAUUUUUGAAAGGAUACCGUUUUUUUCUUGGAUUUGAAUAGUUUUUUCUAUAAAUGUCUUGUGUUUGUCCACUAUUAUUUAUUCUGUGGUUUCACUUAAUAAUUCUAUGUUAAUAUAAUCAUAAGGAUUCUACAAAUGUAGUGAAAAUGUGUUCAUAUGAACCCUUAGAAAUUAAUUAAAUAGGUCUAUCUGUGUUCUUCAUCAGUGUUCUUAUACCUACCUAUCUAUUCUUGUGUGUGACGAGGGUAGGUACUUAUUGUUGAUACGAUUGUACUUAUAUCUGUGUGUUGUUGCGAGAAUAAUCUAAAUCUAUAGAUUUCUAAACUGAUAAAUCUCAUACUCAGAGAUACUGAAGACACUUGCUUCGCCGGCCAAGACAUCCCAAUUUCUUACAUGAAAUAAUUAUUGUCUACAUAUGUUCGUUUGCGAUAUGUGUCGCUAUUUCUUUCGUCGAGAGAGUGGCAUUUUGAUUUAGUAUCUAUGAGUUGACAAUAAUAUAAAUGUAAUUCUCUCGUCACGAGAUGUGUCGUUGACGCUUCAUAAACCUCAUCGGUCCGAAUGCCUCCUUAGCCGAAGUUCGAGCCUCAUAAGAUAGGAGACACCCCUAGAGAUUACUCUACUAGCCCUGGGGUCGAUUCGCAGAGGUGCGCUUGCUUAAACGAGACGCUAUACUUAUAUCGAGUAAAGCUUCGCAGCUAGCUGUUCAGCUAGUUUUACGGUGCGAUGUCUUUUUGGAUGCAAACUUAAACACACUUUCUGGUGAAGUUUCAAUGGUUUUAUUUUUUUUUUCUUCUAAAAAAAUAUAGCCGUCUGCUUCUCCUCUCCAUACAAGUGGUGCUGGCAAAACUUAUCCAUCAUUAUCAUUAUCAGCCGAUGGACGUCCAUUGGCAUUGGCCUCUUGCAUGGAGAACUUAUCCAAUAUUAAUAAUUUGUUCUUGAUUUAGAGCUACAAGCUAAGAUAUAUUUAUUUUGUUUCUUAUCUACAGUUAAACGAUUUCCUAUUUUCGUAUCUAAUUAUAUGAAAUUAAGACAUCUACCAAAUCUAACAAAGUGGAAUUCCCUAACUUCUAUAACUUGAAAGGAGUUUUCAAGUGGAAGUUAAUUAAAAAUACACAUUAGUGUUUGCGUUUUUGCUAUAAUAAGAGCAACGUAGCAAUAUGCCAAACUAAACUAAAAUUAAAAAAAAAACAUAAUAAUAAUAGUAGCCUUCAAAAGUAGUGAUUAUAAUGUUAAAAAUUAUAAUAUAUUAAAAUAAUUAUAAGGAAUAAAACUAUUUUUUUCUAUUCCAUAAUUGAUCUCCUCUACCCUUUUAGUGGAUUAGAAUUUAAGUAAAUAGUUAUAUAUAUAAAUAAUAAUUAGAGUUACUUAGUAGUUAAUCACUUAGUGAAAUCUGCGUGCCAUAUAAGAGAGAAAGAAGAAGCAAACUAGUCGAAGUUCUAAAUAAUUAAAAGAUCAAAUACCCGACUACCUAAAGAGAAAUGUACAAUUGAGACGAAUCAGAGAACUGUAAGGUCGAAGAAAAUUUCUUAACAAAUUAUAGGACAUAACAAAUCAUUUUCUUAAAAAUAAAGUUACCUUUGUGCCAAAAAAUUGAAAAAAAUCUAAUAGGCUAAGAGGUGUGUGGUGACCCCCUGACUGGCAUAUCGAGCCGUCGGUCCCGUCCAAGCAUCUAGCAUAUUAUGCCUAUGCCAUUGGAGCAGCAGUAGAUAAGGGUCCAAAUAAUAAUCAAAUACUCUCUCCUGUAAAGAGAGGGCCUGACCUUGUAUUAAGCAAUCAAAAAAGUAUGAUGAUAAUUAAAUGACAUAAGCUCGAACAACAUAAGUGUAGUCGGAUAAAAAUCAAAUGAUCGCGAUCGACUUCUCUUCUGUAUGGUAUGCAGAAGAUAGGAAUGGAAUUAUCGUUGAAGCAAAAUGUAUAUAAUUUAAAUAUACCUAUAUUUUUUUACUGUACUUAGCGCCAAAACAUUGGAAAGCCAGACAUUUGUCAUUUUAUAAAACUGAAAGUUGGUUUAGCUCAUCAUUGUUGGGUUUUGUUUUUAUUCUUGGUAUCUGCGACCAGUCGUUAGACUAUACGCAGGCCAGUUGAGUAAAAAAAAUCAUAGUUACUUGUAUGUAUGGAAAUAAAGAAAACUCAGUUGCCAAAUAAUGCAAUUAUUUAGCUUCAUGUCAAGUCUUUGCCAAAUAUUUACCCUUGAGGGUUUUUAUAAUACAUAUUAUCCCAACUAAAAUAUAAAAAAAAUAAGGACCUGUUACCCCAAAAUCACCAUUCCAAACUACAUAGUAGUCUACAGUGCUUACUUAAGAUAAUCGGUAGUGUCUUAAUGGUAUGUCUGACAAACAUUCCGUUUUUAUCAAAUAACGAAAGUCAGGCUCACAAAGUAUAAGUGUUUAGCGGAAAUGUAUUCCUAUCUAUUAAUAGUUAGAGGUUUUGUAAAUGAGUUUCUAUUCAAAUUAUACUAUGAAUAUCAUACGCACAUAUAUAAUUUAACUCCUAUAAAUCUUUAAAAAUAAGGACGUUUAACGAGUUGUUUUUUUAUGGGUUAAAUAUUUUUACAUGAUUUUUAUCUAAGACAACCUUUACAACCAAACUAAUGUUGUGUAUAUAAUAUGUUUAUUUAUAUUUAUAACUGCACAUGAAAUUGAUAUGAAAUGAUGGAAAAUUUUAAAAUUAAUUGUAUGCAAGUAUCAUCAAACCUCAAUUUAUAACAGGGUUAUAGAUAGCUGUUAGUUGUAAGCUUAGUUUUUCACUCAGUUUAAUUUAUUCCUGGACUUAACCUAGACUUAAAAUAAAUACCUACUAUGUUAUUUGUUUUUUAUUUUGAAGCAUUUGUUUGAUGGUGGUCAAGUUCGCAGAAUUCGUAUUAUAUAUUAUAGUAAAAGUAUAUUCGUAAAAGAAUGGCUUGAUUUUUUUUUCUAUAAGGUGCUUUGGGAUAAUCAAGGAAAUGUGGAAAUAUUUUGAAAUUUACGAAUAACUUCUAAACCCUGACAAUAUUUUUACAUUAUAAUACCUUAUUGUAAUAGUAAAUGCCAACGAUUUGAUGUUGUUGAAUGCCUAUACUUUUUUUUUCAAAUACUUUUGUUUUAUAAUAUCUCGGAAGAUACGCCAAAUAUUUGUGAAUUUAGAACAAACAUACAAUAAGAUAAAUAACCGACUGAGCCACAGUGUAGUGUGGCAUGGGUUUUACUUGUAAAUUAUAUUCAUCUAAGAAAUUACAUAUAAUUAACGUUCUUCCCGAAAAUCGGAAUUGAUUUAAUAUAUGAAAUAUUAUUUUACUCUAUCUCAUAUUAAUUAGUUUUCUAUGAAAUUAUAAAUGGUGCUGGUCCUCCAAAUGUAAAUGUAUGUAUGUGUCUUGUUCCCUAAUAAACAUCUAAAAAUAACCUCCCGCAGUGAAUGUGUUUAAAUUAAUUAGGUUCAUAAUAUUUAUAUAUUUUUUAGUGUUAUAAACCAGUAACCUACUAUUUCUUUAAUAAUGGGAAUAAAAUUAAAUGUAACACUGUGGGUACAAAGUGACGAAUAUCAAUCAAAGAGCUAUUUUACGAUGUUAUUUACGAAAAAAAAUAUAUAACUCUACGUAAUAUAUUAAUACAAUUAUUAUAAUGUUUAGAUAUUUAUUUUAAUUAUGUUUUUAUAUUAUUAACUGUUGAUGUUUAGGUACAAAUAAAAAACAGAUUUAAUUAUUUUAAAAAAUCACUGACUGACAUUUUAAGAAUGUAUUAUUUUGAUUUAAUAUAAAAAUCAAAAUGUUUAUAUUUAGCGUAGAUAAAUGUGUAUAGAAAUAAAUUCAUAUUUAAAUCAGAGUAAUCUAGAGGUUUUUGCGAUAAAUAAUAGAUAUAAAGUUCGGCCGCUCAGAGGUUGCGUUUGAGACAGGUCGUGCGAAUGGGACCAACGUAGGUAUUCAAUUAUUACAAUUGCCUCGUUUUAUAUAUCUCUCUCUAAUAUUACAUCGCCCAUUCGAUCACGACCUGUCAGAAACGCAAUCACUGAGCGGCCGGACUUUAGUAGGACGCUUCCAUUAUUAAAGCUUUAGUGUUUGUGUGUAGUGCGAUAGAGAAAGAAAUAAUUUUAAAUGCAUGAUACCUAUGUUUACGAAUUUAAAUUAUGUACUUCUAAGUACCUAUAUUAUUAAAAAAAAAUGUAUUCUUAAUAAUCUCUGAAAAAAAUUGAUAUUUUAAGCCUACAAUCCUUAUUUUAAUGUUAUAUUAUUAUGGAUUAUUGACAAAAAAAUUAAGUUAUUAUUUUGGAGCAAAAAUUUUAUAAUUACAAAUAUUCUGGGGUAACUAAGGAAAUGGUGAUAUUCUUGAGUUUACGGAUAUCUAAGAUUAAGCCAGACAAUAUUUUUUUUAAACAUGUUUGAAGUUGAAAAAAGCUAUUUUAAGAAGUCUUAAUUGGUUGGUUUCUUAGAUAUUCGCACGGAAUGUAACCAUUUUAUUAAUCAUCCCAAAAGUGUCUAAGUUGGUUUUUAGCUAAAAAAUAUAAAUAGAUUCUAAAUUCAUCUUUUGUUAAAUGAACUGUAAAUUUGCAUUGAUUCAUUGAGAGCAAUGAAUCGUAAAUAUAUUUUUCAUUAUUUUAUGUGCAUUUCUUUUGUGUUUCAAUUUAUCAAAUAUUGUAUUAUAUACUCAGAGAUAAUUAUCCGCCCAAUUAAAAUAUACUCGCGUUAUCAUAUUAAAGAGGGCGGAUAAUUGCCUCUGAGUAUAUUUGAUAAUUACACUAUUUCGCUGAUGUAUGAAAUUUGAUAUUCGCAAUAAUCAAAGAUUGAUUAGAAUAGUUACAUUCUGUGUAGCUAGUAAUAGAUCUUAUACAGUAUUGACAUUAUUACCUUCUCCAUUAUAUUAUAAUCGUGUAAAAGUAUAUCAUUAAAGUUAUAAAAAUAAAAAUAUUUUUCCUGA